AUGGAUCAUCCCACAACGACCGCUUCCACAGCCUUUCCCCUUCCCACUCCCAUCUCUACCUCUUCCACCCUUCCCCCCUACUUUAUUGUCCUCGCCUCCUCCCGCGCCAUAAUCACCGGCCGCCUCACCGCCGCCACAAUCGUCAUCUCCCUCUCCACCGGCAAAGUAACCUCCGUCUUCCACUCCGUCCUCCCACCAAACGCUUUCCCCCCGGGAACACAAUACACAGACCACUCCCCCCACAUCCUCCUGCCAGGCCUCGUCGAUGCACACGUCCAUCUGAACGAACCGGGUCGUGCGGAGUGGGAAGGGUUUGAGACGGGGACGCAGGCGGCCGCCUUUGGAGGCGUCACGACUGUCAUUGAUAUGCCGUUGAAUGCUGUGCCACCUACGACGACGGUGGAGGGACUGCGGGAGAAGAUUGGCGCGGCGAGCGGGAAGUGUUGGGUUGAUGUGGGGUUUUAUGGAGGGGUUGUGCCAGGGAAUGUUGGGGAGUUGAAGGGGUUGGUUGAAGGAGGGGUGAGGGGGUUUAAAGGGUUUUUGAUUGAUAGUGGGGUUGAAGAAUUCCCAGCCCUAUCACCAGCGGAUAUCAAAGUCGCCAUGCUCGAGCUGGCUUCUCUAUCCUCCCCAACGACCUUGAUGUUCCAUGCCGAAAUGCUCCCAGACAAUAUCACCGAUGGCACCACCGACGACACCACCACAGACCCCCCAACCUCUUACUCCACUUUCUUAACUUCCCGCCCCCCAGCCUUCGAAACAACCGCAAUCUCCACAAUUCUCUCCCUGGCCCCGCUCGCUCCAAACCUCCCCUUACACAUCGUCCAUCUAUCCGCCAAGGAAGCCAUCCCGCUCCUAAAAGCCGCACGCGCACGCGGAGUAAACAUCACAGCUGAAACAUGCUUCCACUACCUCUCCCUAGCAGCCGAGGAGGUAUCUGACGGCGACACACGUCACAAAUGUUGCCCGCCCAUCCGUAGUCGGGCAAACCAGGAUGCGUUGUGGGAGGAGUUGGCUAAUCAUGCCAGUGACCAGGGGGUUAUCAAGACUGUUGUAUCGGAUCAUUCGCCCUGUACGCCGGCGCUGAAAGUGCUGCCGGCGCAUAUUCCCGGUAGUUGCAAUAACAAUGUUAAGAAGAGCAACAGGAAAAUUAAAUCCGAAGAAGCAAAUGAGAAGGAGGAGGAAGGAAACUUCCUCAAAGCCUGGGGCGGAAUUUCAUCCGUCGGCCUCGGCCUGCCGAUUCUCUGGACCGAAUUGGAACGCCGUCGUGCCCUGAUAGCCGGUGGCGGCAUCGUAGCAACAGAUAAAACAUCGACGCCGACCUCUUCAUCGACCUCUGCCCUAGAAUCUAUCGUCCAGUGGUGCUGCGCCAAUACAGCCAAGCAGGUGGGUCUAGGGUCCCAGAAAGGUGAUCUUUCUGUCGGAUACGAUGGGGAUGUGUGCGUCUUUGAUGAGACGGCAGAGUGGGUUGUGCAGCCUGACACCAUGCUGUUUCGCAAUAAGUGCUCGCCAUAUCAGGGGAAGAAGCUAACUGGGCUUGUGCUGGAGACGUGGCUGAGGGGGCAGAAGGUGUAUUCGAGGGACGGUGGAUUUGUAGAGGGUAAGCCGACGGGGACGUUGCUCUUGGAGACUAUGACGGCGUAG